GCGUCAGUGCCUAAGCGGCCUUAUAGUAAACAAUGUUUGGUUUCUAUGCAUGGAGCAGGUGCCCGGUUUACUAAUUUUGUUUUACUGCAUGUGCACAAAAGUCGGAGAAAUGUUUUAUGGUAAUAACUGUGUGUAAAAGGUGACAAAUAUAUCUAUGGAAGAUAAAGAUGAAUGGAAGAUUAGCUGUCGGUUGUUAAAUUCAUGAUCAUGUUGAAGCUCAGAUAGCGCGCAGACUUCGACAAAUGGUGAAACAAGAGGCCAUGGAUCCUGACGAGAUGAGAGGCAGGACUGGCCAUGACGCUGAAGACAUCAACCAGUUUGACUCGGUAUCCAACGUUCGAUCUCAGCCGGAGCGGGUCAAGGACCCGCCCAAGUCAGUGCAGAGGGAGGGGAGUAAUGUACAAGGUGGCGGCAAAAAGGAGAACCCCCCAAACCACGGCAAGUCAAAGAAACUCAAGAAAACAAUCUUCAUUUCUUACUCCCCUGAUGCAGGCUUCACAGAGCGAAAGUUUGUGGUGGAAACUGUGCGCCAAUUAAAGGAAAAUAAUCUGGCAGAAGACAUUUGGUUCGAUAAAGACGAAAAAAAUACGGACAGCCCCUGUUGGUUUUCCAUGCGUAUGGAAGCAAUUGAAAAGUGCCGUGCUGCAAUUUUGAUUUUGUCAGACAGUUACUUUAUGUGCCCUGUGUCGGUGUAUGAGGGUAAAACUCUUGUGGAGAGACUCAAAGUGGACCCAACAUCAGUUGCAAUAUUUCCAGUAAUGUUCUCUUCUUUAGAAAAAACUGAAAUGCCAAAAGAGUUUAAUCUGUUAGUUAAGGAUGUGGUGGAAUUAACCUCACCGGAUAAUCAUAAACUGAGCCUUGCCGAGAAGACUUCAGUGGUGAUAGGGUCUAUAAUGGAGGAGCUAGAGAAGUACGCCUCCAUACACUCACCCCCCACCCCCCACACCCCACCAGACACGGAAUUCACCGGGGAGUACAAACGUAAGAAGAUCUGUCAGUGGAGUGUAAAUGACCUCCAGGAGUGGCUGUUUAAGCUGGGCAUCAAGGAGUUCUACCGCCAGAGUCUGGCCGAGUGCAUGGUGGACGGGUUCCUAUUGAUGUCCCUCACGGACCAAGAUAUGAUCCACCAGCUCGGAAUUGACAGCCGUGUGGUACGUAAGAAGGUGAUGCAGCAGAUCCUACAGACGCUGGACCGCGAGCACAGGCAGCCGGACAACUGGCACCUCCGCGCGCGCACUCAGCGAUCCAAACCUGAUGUGAUUUAUCUCAUCUACGACCCGACUGACGUCAGACUGGCCCAGAAUAUCAAAGCGGACCUCAAGAAGAAAAACUUGCAGGUUAUCCAUCAUGACAGCGUAAAGCUGGGAAGAUCCAAAGAGGAAUUCCUGCAGAUAAAUGGACCACAGGUUGCCAUGGCAACACAGGUGAUCGUACUUCUGACUGAGGCAGCCACAGGGUCACCAUUUGUGUUUCAUGAAGUCCUGUUUGCUGAUUGGCUGGGCAAGAAGCUUGUGUCGGCCAUGUUUAAGAAUGUUUGGUCCACGUUGAGGGCCUCUCUUAAAGCUGUGUUGGGUGAGUGCCCAGCGGUAGACUUUGAGACCAAGAUGUACAACGAGAGUCUGGACGUCCUGGAGCACCACAUCAAGCCCCUUAGGCGGGUCCCUGGGGUGGUGCUGGAACAGUCCUACCUCAACAAAAUGGCUGAGGGACUCAAACCGCUUGAGAUGCUAGCCUACUCCAGAAAUGGUGUGGUGUCGCGAACGCCCAGUGAAGGUGACCCCCAGGUAUUCAUAAGCUACCAAUGGGACAUGCAGGGUAAGGUGGAGGACAUCAAACAGCUGCUGGAGAACAACAGCUUGCAGUGCUGGGCCGACGUGUCCAUCACCCUACCCCCCAGGGGUCACAGCAGCAAGUCCAGCCGCAGCGGGGUGGGGCUCCACGACGGAGGGUCAGAGACCCUUCAGAGUCAGAUCCAGAGGAACAUGAAGGCAGCCUCAGUGGUGCUGAGUUGUAUCACCCCAAAGUACCUCCAGAGUGACAACUGUAAGAAGGACCUCACCCUGGCUGAGACUUUCAACAAGCCCGUCAUUCCUGUCCUACUCAGAUUCUCCCCCCAGGAGAGUGCACCUGAGCAGGUGAGAAAAAUCCUGUCCAAGUUCUCAUAUAUUGACCUCAGUAACGAACGGCUUUACAAACAGAAUAUUCCAUUAGUGUUGGAAAAAAUUAAAAAAGCAGUCAGUCAGAGAGGAGGUUACCGUGACUACUGAGGUCAUCACCAUGACAACUGCCCAGUCAGCAUUUGUUUACAGUCAGUAUUUGUAUAGGACCAUGCCUGUAUGUGCUUCCACAUUGUUAUAGACUGGAAUCUCCGUGUGAGGGUGGGUCAACCAUACCCUAAAAAGGUCAUGUACAAUUAAUGCCAAAUGUGCAAAUUCCUGGAAACGUUUUAUGUGAUAUGUAUAUGUUGACCUUGACCUUUCUGUGUGAGUGACCUUCAAACUGUUCAUUAGAGACAUGCACGUGUCAGUUUGUGCUGUUGAUUGUUGUCAUGUUCAUCGCCUGAAGCGCUCACUGUUUUCUGUUCUUGUUUGAAUAAAAUAAUCAGUAUAAGUUGUA